AUGAGCUUCACUGGAAAGUACGAACUCCAGUCCCAGGAAAAUUUCGAGCCUUUUAUGAAAGCCCUUGGGCUUCCCGAUGACCAAAUCCAGAAGGGCAAGGACAUCAAGAGCAUCUCAGAAAUUGUGCAGGAUGGGAACAAGUUCAAGAUUACCGUGACCACUGGCUCCAAAGUGCUGCACAACGAGUUCACCAUCGGGGAGGAGUGCGAUAUGGAGAUGCUGACAGGAGAGAAAGUCAAGGCUGUUGUUCAGAUGGAGGGUAACAACAGACUGGUUGCAAACCUGAAAGGGCUGAAAUCCGUCACCGAACUCAAUGGAGACAUCAUCACCAAUACACUGACCAUGGGAGAUCUCACCUACAAGAGAGUCAGCAAGAGGAUCUAG